CCCGCCCGGGCAGCCGCGGCGCUCCGCAUCCUCCGGCACCGUCACCAUGGGCGGCUCGGCCUCCAGCCAGCUGGACGAGAGCAAGUGCGCCUACAUCCGAGGGAAAACUGAGGCAGCCAUCAAAAACUUCAGUCCCUACUACAGUCGGCAGUACUCUGUGGCUUUCUGCAACCAUGUACGCAGUGAAGUAGAACAGCAAAGAGAUUUAACAUCACAGUUUUUGAAGACCAAGCCGCCGCUGGAGCCUGGAACUGUUUUGUAUGAAGGAGAACUGUCACAGUUUGCUGAAGACAUAAAGAAAUGGAAAGAGAGAUACGUUGUGGUUAAAAAUGACUUUGCUGUGGAAAGCUACGAGAACAGAGAGGCCUAUCAGAAAGGAGCUCCCCCUAAAAGCCGAAUUCUUCCAGCUGGUGGCAAGGUGCUAACCUCAGAAGAUGAAUACAAUUUAUUAUCUGAUCGGCAUUUCCCAGACCCUAUUGCAUCCAAUGAGAAGGAGAACAUGCAAGCCUUUGUGGUCCUGCCCAAGGAAUUCCCGGUGUACCUGUGGCAGCCCUUCCUCAGACACGGCUACUUCUGCUUCCAGGAUGCCGCUGGCCAGAAGAAGCUCAGCGCUGUCCUGAGUGACUGCAUCAGACAUCUGAAUCACGAUUACAUGAAGCAGACAACAUUUGAAGCCCAAGCCUUUUUGGAAGCUGUUCAAUUCUUUCGACAGGAGAAAGGACACUAUGGCUCGUGGGAAAUGGUCACUGGGGAUGAAGUCCAGAUCCUGAGUAACCUGGUGAUGGAGGAGCUCAUGCCAACCCUUCAGACAGACAUCCUGCCUAGAAUGAAGGGGAAGAAGAACGACAGGAAGAGGGCCUGGUUUGGGCUCCUCGAAGAGGCCUACCACCUGGUUCAGCAUCGAGUUUCAGAAGGAUUAAGUGCCUUGAAGGAGGAGUGCAGGGCUCUGACGAAGGGCCUGGAAGGAACCAUCCGUUCAGACAUGGAUCAGAUUGUGAACUCAAAGAACUUCUUAAUUGGAAAGAUCAAAGCGAUGGUGGCUCAGCCAGCGGAGAGAAGCUGUGCAGAGUGUGUGCAGCCGUUCCUGGGGUCCAUUCUGGAGGAGCUGAUGGGACCUGUAAGCUCGGGAUUCAGUGAACUGCGCUCACUCUUUGAAAAAGAAGUGGAUGAACUUAGCCAGAGCUUUCAGACCACCAAAGACAGUGCCCAGCUAAAGGAGCAUCUAGAGCAGAUUAUGAAUCUUCCACUGGAUUCCGUGAAGAUGGAGCCUUGUUAUAAUAAAGUCAACCUGCUUCAGGAGCACCUUCAGGAUCUCAAGAGCCGCUUCAGGUUCCCCCACAUCGAUCUGGUGGUCCAGAGGACACAGAACUACAUGCAAGAGCUGAUGGAGAAUGCAGUAUUCACUUUUGAGCAGUUGCUUUCCCCACAUCUCCAAGGAGAGGCCUCCAAAACCACAGUCGCCAUUGAGAAGGUUAAGCUCCGAGUCUUAAAGCAAUAUGAUUAUGACAGCAGCACCAUCCGGAAGAGGAUAUUUCAAGAGGCGCUCGUUCAAAUCACACUUCCUACCCUGCAGAAGGCACUGGCAUCCGUGUGCAAACCAGAGCUUCAGAAAUAUGAGCAGUACAUCUUUGCAGAUCACACCAAUAUGAUCCAUGUUGAAAAUGUCUACGAGGAGAUUUUACAUCAGAUCCUCCUAGACGAAAGUCUGAAAGUGAUAAAGGAGGCUGCUAUCCUGAAGAAACACAAUUUGUUUGAAGACAACAUGGCCUUGCCCAGUGAAAGCGUGUCCAGCCUCACUGAUCUAAAAACUCCUGCGGGGUCAAACCAGGCCAGCCCUGCCAGGAGAGCCUCAGCCGUUCUCCCCGGAGUUUCAGAGAGUGAGAUCCUGAGUAAUGAGGUGUUCCAGGAGGCAGGGGAGAUGAAACAGCCAGAGGUCCCUAGUCCAUUGGCCAGAGAAGAAGGCCUUUCCCUCCCUGUGUCCAGCCCUCCCCCAGAUGGGGACACGCAGGUCAUCGAUUCAAGUAUAGAUGGCCCGGUUGUGAAUCUGGUGGCUAUAGAGGUGACAGCAGGCGCCCUGGGCACACGCUUGUCACAGCUGGAGUUGGAAGAGACUCCUGAGGGCCAAGGACCCCCCCAGGAAGACACAGAGCCCAGCUCUGCCGCAGGCUCCUUGAAGGAGCUCAGAAAUUUGCUGACGGUGACCGCCGAAGUACCAGAGGAGUCCACUGUGCUCGAGGUUGAGAAAGAUACACAUGAGGAGGCCCUUGUUCCCCAAGAUACUGAAAAAGAAGAGGAAGCAACCCAAAUUGACACAGAGGCCAGUCAAGCAUCUGCCUCAGGUCAGGACAACUGUGAAGAAAGUGAAGUCAGCAAGGGGGAGGCCUGUGGUCCAGCUCCCAAGGCCGAGGCCAGCGGGGUGGAGCUGGGAGAAUUUCCAGACGCUCAGCCAGCCUGCGGGGGGCUCAGUGAGGGGGCCCGGGGCCCAGACCCCACAGAGGAGCCGGGAGAGGUGGGAGAGCCCGCUGAGAGCAAGCUCACAGAGGGUGCUUCCGGACUAGGCGCCCUGGAAGGAGGAGGGCCCGUGUGCUCUGUGGAGGCUGAGGCUGUGCCCCUAGAAGCUUGCGUGUUCCGCUCUGACCCCAUCAGCCCCAGGGAGAGCCAGGUUUCUGUGGAAGAAGAGGCGGUGGGCGGGAGCUGCAGCGCAGCCCAGCCUGCCACCAGCGAGGAUGCCCAGGAGAGGAAGGCCGACCCCGUUCACGAGUGUCAGUGGGUGGUGGAGAACGUCACCAACAUUGAUACCCUAGAUACGCAGAGAGAAGACCCCCCAGAGCCCCCUUCAGAGGAGUGAAAGGGACAACGUGGCCAAAGUCCUUCUUGGAACAAACUCAGCCCAAAGA